AUGAACUCAUACGCUGCAAGACUUGCCUCAUUCACGUCAUGGCCACACGUAUAUCCAAGUGCCUCUGACGUAGCCCGUGCUGGCUUUCAUCGAGAAUUCGACCCUACUUUUCCAUCCCCGGAUCUAACGGUGUGCUCACUAUGCGGUCUUGAUCCUUGUGACUGGGAUAGUGAUAAUCCAUUCGAUUUCCACGCUACUCGAUCACCGGAGUGUCCAUUCGUCCGUGCAACACAGCAGAAGAAGAAGCACCGGAAUCAGAAGACUCGCCAGCAAUAUACGAGAAGGUCUCUACAGCCAGUCACUCAGUCAGCUACUCAGCAAGCCACUCAGUCAUCCACUCAGUCAGCCACUCAGUCUGAUACUCUACAAGAGGAGGAACUACAACAGGCAAAUGCGGAGAAUACUGCGGAGAACACGGCGGAGAACACGGCGGAGAAACCAAGCGGCAACAAGGCCACCAUCGUCAAGAACACGGCUUACCUCUCCACAAUCCCCCCGUCAAAUCGCCACUCAGCAAGCGGAGAAUGA